AUGGGAAGUCCUCAUUAUUGGGACCCAAAGGACAGCACAAGGCACAAUACCCCUCAGGCCCCUCAUCUACUUGAUUCACCUCCCACUCUUGUUGUCGGAUUGCCACCUCCCAUCGUAGCCAAUCCUAUGCCCCAAAAUCCUACCCCUGACCUCCUGUUAGAUUUCAAUGAAGGGCUGACUCAAUGGAGUCUGAUCAAUAGUUCCGAAACCUCGACCAAAUGCAAUGAGCUACUCCUUCCGCUUACACCAGUCGCAGAGCAACACGACACCAUAGAAACUCAUACUGAGUGUGAACUACCCGGAUUGUUUCCAUCUGAUCCAUCAACCUCUUCAAAUUCAGGUGAAGCCAUAAGCUACCCCCCAACUAAAUCAUCAUCAUUCAAUAAUCAAUCCCAGCCCUCCUCGCCAAGAACAUGCAGCGAAUCUAGCAAACAGCUUCCGGCCCCCGAAUCUCCAAUCAGUGUUUAUUGCGAAUUACCUGACGCUAGCACGGAUGCCGAGUUGACUGUUUCCAGCAAGAAAUCUUUAUCAACGGCUACAGGCAAGGAAGCCGAACCGAAGUUUCCCGGUUUCAAAUCCGAAUUAACUAUACAGGGUGAGACAAUCACUCUUAAGAACAAAGCCGCAGUACCAGUUGAUCAGGACCUUGCUCCUUGCAAUAAAGCCAACUCAACUUUCCCCACCAACGAAGUUGAAUCAAAUCUAUCCAGCGUGAAAGCCGGGGCCCAUGUCCACAUUUCUGAACCAGAACCAGAGAACAGUGUCCCAAUUAUCGACAGCAUUGACAAAAACAUCAAGACACAUUCCAAUCCUGCUUAG